GAAAGUUCCCUCAUUGGUGCUGUUAUAGCACCGCUCCAACCAACGUGUCUUGUCCUCCUCCUCCUAAUUGCUGUGACCACUUCCAAUUUGGGAUUUGUUUUGGGAUCCUCAGCGUUGCCCCUGAAGCCUGUGUUGAGCUGAGUUGGGAAGGGCUGUCUCUAAAGCGUGAUUUAAAAAAGAGGCCAGGAUGUCUGAUCCUACCACUAAUGAACACUUGGAUGGGAUUAUAUUGGACUUCGAAGCGUUGAAGAGGUCGUUCGAGGUGGAGGACGUGGAUGCCGCCUCUCCAUCUCGCCGCACCACCGCUGCAAACUCCACCAACUAUCACCACCACCCCUCCUCCUCCUCGCGGCCCGGCCUGACCCCCAGCCAAUCCAGCCAGAGCUACUACGACCUGGGCUCCCGCUCCAACCACAGCAGCCCCAAGACCUCCGACGGCACCUCCCGACCCAAGGCCCGCACCCCGGAACCCGUCUCCCGCCGCACCGAGCUCUCCAUCGACAUCUCCUCCAACCACCACCACCAUCAAAACAACGGCGGCGGGAAGUCGCUGGAUAGCUCCCCGAGUCAGGGCGCGUCUCGUUUCGCUCUGAAGCGCCCCGAGGUGCUGGGUCACAGCAAGACGCCCGAGCUGUCGCAGAAGCACACGGUCACCUUCAGCAAGCCUCUGGAGACCCCGCCGCCGCCACCGCCAUCGUCCAUCGCCGCUGCUGCUGGCCAACGCGCCGUCAACGCCCACGCCCACGCCCACGCCGCCAGCCACAAGCUGCCCGAGACCACGUUCAGGAGGGGCGAGCCGCCGAGCCCUGGAGACACGGCCGGAACGGGGUCGCCGCGACGGCCGGAGAUCAGUGUCUAUAAAGCACACGACAACCACCACAGCAGCAGCAGCGGCCACAGCAAGGGCCAGGAGAACCACCAUCACCAUCCCAAUCACCACCACCAGCAGCAGCAGCAGCUCCACCAUCCUCCGCACCACACGCGCUCCGUCUCGCCCAGUCACCACACCGGACGCAAGUCGCCUCAGGACGGACAUAGGUCAGAGGUCAUUACGAGCUUCUACGGCAGCAUGUCGGACUCAGGCAAGGCAGCCCAGCACGCCCCUGCGGCGCGGGGAGAGAAGGCAGGCACGGACUUCAGUUACGUGGGCAUCGACGCCAUCUUGGAACAGAUGAGGCGGAAGGCCAUGAAGCAGGGCUUUGAACUCAACAUCAUGGUGGUCGGUCAGAGCGGUUUGGGCAAGUCCACCCUGAUGAACACCCUGUUCAAGUCCAAAGUGAGCCGCAAGUCGGUGCAGACCACAGAGGAGGAGAGGAUCCCCAAGACCAUCGAGAUCAAGUCCAUCAGUCACGACAUCGAAGAGAAGGGCGUGAGGAUGAAACUUACGGUAAUCGACACUCCAGGCUUUGGGGACCAGAUCAACAAUGAGAACUGCUGGCAGCCCAUCAUGAAGUUCAUUAAUGACCAGUACGAGCAGUACCUGCAGGAGGAGAUCAACAUCGAGAGGAAGAAGAGGAUCCCAGACUCGCGCGUCCACUGCUGCAUAUACUUCAUCCCACCCACAGGACACUGCUUAAGGCCCAUUGACGUAGAGUUCAUGAGGCACCUCAGCAAAGUGGUCAACAUCGUCCCCGUCAUCGCCAAGGCAGACACGCUCACCCUGGAGGAGAGGGACUACUUCAAACAGAAGAUCAGAGAAGACCUGCUGGCCAACGAGAUCGACAUCUACCCCCAGAAGGAGUUUGACGAGGACGCAGAGGACAUGAUGAUCAAUGAGAAGAUCAGGGAGAUGAUCCCAUUUGCAGUGGUGGGCAGUGACCAGGAGUACCAGGUCAAUGGCAAGAGGAUCCUGGGAAGGAAAACAAAAUGGGGGACCAUAGAGGUGGAGAACGUUGAGCACUGUGAGUUUGCCUUCCUGCGUGACCUUCUCAUCAGAACCCACAUGCAGAACAUCAAGGACAUCACCAGCAGCAUUCACUAUGAGAUGUACCGCGUCCGCAGACUCAACGGAAACAACACGCAAACCAACGGCCAGCCCAACGGUCAGCCGGCCCCUGCGCAGGCCAACGGCGUUCCCGGUCCCGAGGCUCUUUCCCACGAGAUGUAGACGGCCCGUCUCUACUGUCCACUCAUCUGUCUGUCCACCCAUCCGUCCGUCUGUCCAUCCGUCCGAUCGUCCUUUCUUCCCUUCCCUUCUAACGACUGACGAAACCUAACCUUUGUUCACCUGUCCUGCCGUCUACGCCAACUUUUGUGUCCCCAGACUGUACGCUCCAGAGAGGCUUUGGACUCUGCAUACAACAUACAGUACUGCACACAGAUUGUUUUUCUUUCCAAGUUUAAAGAGUUAUCACGCAAUGCUAUAAUUAUGUUUGUAUUCAAAACAUUCAUUUUAUGGGGAACCUUUUUGUUGUCUUUUUCCAUCAUGUGCCAUUUCAUUUUACUAACCAAAACGUAAGAACAACGCCCUCCAUCCCUUACUUUUGUAUUGUAUAAUAAAAUCUGAUUUUAAUU